CUGAAAGUGUACAGACACAUAUACCACUAAGCAAUAAUUAGAUAUUUGUUUUUCCCUUAUAAUUAGGCGUAUACUGUCCGCGUGUGUUUGUCUAUUGAGGGAAUGAUAAUGCAAGACUGAGCAAGUACGCCUAUUGGCUGGAAGAGGCGGUUCUCGCGGCGAGAUGAGCCCGUCACUUUUCAGGUCACGGCUGCAGCGGGUAUAUAAGGACCGAACGACAGGCGGCAGUAUCCAGUUCGACUCCUCCUCACAGACAAAAUGAUCUCGAAGUUGCUGUUAUGUGCAGUUGCUGCCAUCGCGGCAUCACAAGCGGCAAAACUCCCAUCUAGAACUUACGGGACUCCAGGUACAGGCGGAUCUGGAGGAAGUGGAGGAUUCGGAGGUGGAGCUGUUGGAGGAGGAAGUGGAUUCGGUGGGACAGGCAGUGGAGGAUUCGGAGGAGGAGCUGCUGGUUCAGGUAGUGGAGGUUUCGGCGGUGGAGCCGUCGGUGGAGGAAGUGGAUUCGGCGGAGUAGGCAGUGGAGGAUUUGGAAGUGGAGCUACCGGCGGAGGAUUUAGUGGGUCAUCCGGAUCUGGUGCCUUCGGAGGAUCUUCCGGCCCUGUCGUUCCCAUAAUUUCGGACAACCGGGAAGGCCCCGAUGAGUUCGGAAACUACAACUUCAACUUCGAAACAGGAGACGGCAUCACACGCCAGGAGGUGGGAGCCCCCCAGGGACCGACCGGCGCUGUGGCCUCUCAAGGCGCAUGGGCAUUCACUUUCCCCGAUGGAACUCCAGCCGAAUUUAGCUUCGAAGCUGACGAAAAUGGUUACCGCGUCGUGUCCGACCUGCUGCCCACGCCCCCACCCCUCCCCGCUCACGCCAUCGCCCAGAUCGAGAAGGCUCGUCAGGAGGAUGCCGCCGCUGCAGCUUCUGGUGGACGUUACAGUGGCCAGUCAGGCUCUGGUUCAGGAUUCGGCUCUGGUGCUGGCCAAUCAGGAUUCGGCUCUGGUGCUGGCCAAUCAGGAUUCGGCUCUGGUGCUGGCCAAUCAGGAUUCGGCUCUGGAGCUGGCCAAUCAGGAUUCGGAUCUGGAGCUGGCCAAUCAGGAUUCGGCUCUGGUGCUGGCCAAUCAGGAUUUGGCUCUAGUGCUGGCCAAUCAGGAUUCGGCUCUGGAGCUGGCCAAUCAGGAUUCGUAUCUGGAGCUGGCCAAUCAGGAUUCGUAUCUGGAGCUGGCCAAUCAGGAUUUGGCUCUAGUGCUGGCCAAUCAGGAUUCGGCUCUGGUGCUGGCCAAUCAGGAUUCGGCUCUGGUGCUGGUCAAUCAGGAUUCGGCUCUGGUACUGGCCAAUCAGGAUUCGGCUCUGGUGCUGGCCAAUCAGGAUUCGGCUCUGGUGCUGGCCAAUCAGGAUUCGGCUCUGGUGCUGGCCAAUCAGGAUUCGGCUCUGGUGCUGGCCAAUCAGGAUUCGGCUCUGGUGCUGGCCAAUCAGGAUUCGGACAGACAGGCUCUGGUUCCGCUCAGGCACCAAGCCGAACGUAUGGAUUACCUUAGGUCUGUCUUCUUGCCUGAGCGACUCACAUGCAUUACAAAGUCACGGUGGCUGCAGAUCUCAAAGGUCUGUGACACGAACAAUACGCUUAUAAUAAACUUAGUCUAAGAAAUAUUGUUAAAAUAAAGACUACAGAUAAU